UCACCUUCCGAGUCAAAUGCGUUAGUUCUAAAUCAAAAUACGGAGAAUCUAAGGAGUUUGCAAGCGACUGUGUGGUGUUUUAAUGAAAUUUAUUAUUUUGGAUUUUAAAACCAGAAGCGUAUAGUAACAGAUGGCAGGUUUACCCCCCGGAGACCCGCAGUUGGUCUCUAUGAUCGUCAAUCAUUUGAAAACGCAAGGUCUUUUCGAUCAGUUUAGAAGGGACUGCUUGGCAGACGUGGAUACAAAGCCUGCAUACCUGAAUUUAAGACAACGAGUGGACAACUUUGUGUCCAAUCAUCUCUCUAACCACACAUGGAGUCCUCACUUGAACAAGAAUCAGUUGAGAAACAACAUCCGACAGUUGGUGCUUCAGUCUGGGAUGCUGGAGCAGGGAGUUGACAGGAUAGUUGCUCAGGUGGUGGAUCCCAAAAUCCAUCACACCUUCAGGCCCCAGGUGGAGAGGGUGGUCCGUGAAUUCAUGUCCCCUGGCAGCUAUGUGGAUGAACCCCCAGUCCCGCCUGCUCCUGUAGAGGAGAAACAAGACUUUGACCUGCCAGUGCAAGCUCCUUCAUCUGCCCCUGCUACUUCAAUGGCCAGAGAUGCCAUGUCCAUCCUGGAUACCAUCACCACCCUGAACCAGGAGGCCAGCUCCCGGGCCAGCUCCAGUGGAGAGAAGGGCCUAAAGGGGGGCUCUGAGAGGGACCAAGACCCAGAGGAGUUGAUGCAGGAGUCUGAAGGAGGAGAGCAGGACAUGAGUCUGGUGGAGGAGGGAGAAGAGGACCAGGACAGGAAGACGCCAGAGAAAGAAGAGGAAGCGAAGCUUGUGUCAGAGGCCCAGGCUAUGGAGGUCAAAACAGAGGACGUACAGGAGCAGAUGGACUCUGAGAGAGAGGGGAUGAAGGGUGAGGGGGAAGAGGUUGGGACUCAAGAGGAGGCAGAAGAGAGAAAGGAGGGGAAGACCAUAGGAAAGCUCAAAGAUGAGGUACUGAACAAGGAUGUUGAUCCACUUCAGUCCCCCAAUGAGAAACACCAUAUCAAUCAGAAGGCCAGAGAGAGGUUAAAAGAAGAAUAUUCUCUGGAAGACUCUGACCUUGAUGGCCUCAGUGACAUCACUGUGAGCUCUGUCCACACCAGCGACCUGUCGUCCUUUGAGGCGGACAGCGAUGAUGAGCAGCCACCGUCAGAUUCUACAGAGGACGGCGAGGUCUCAUCUGAAGAUGAAAAGUCUGAGAAAAAGAAGACCAAUAGAGAGGAAGACGAUGAGAGCCCAGAGCGCAAGCCUCGUCGACAGGCCUACGUCCACAAGCCAUUCCUCUACUCCCGUUACUAUAGCGACUCUGACGAUGAGGUCACUGUGGAGCAGCGUCGCCGGUCAGCGGCCAAGGACAAGGAAGAGAGGCUUUUCAAGAGACAGCUGAACAGGGAACGCAUGGAGGAGAAGCGUCGACAGAAGUCAGCUCAACUAGAAGACCAGGAGAGCAGGCAGCAGACCUUUUCCCCCAGCCUGGAAGCUCAGGAUCCCAGGGCCAAAGAGGCUCUCAAGGAAAAGAAGGUUCUUGAGAAGAAGAUGGCCCUCAGUAGGAAGAGGAAAUGGGACUCACGGAAAGAGGGAGAUGUUACAGGCAAGAGAAAGGGAGAUGCAGCAGGAGAGUUCAACAAAAAGGAAGAAGCAAAGGGUAUUUCCUCAAAGAGCUUGCAGCACAAGUCAAUCAGAAAAGUCUCUGAGUCUGCAGCAUCAGAAGAGAGGCACAGGAGGAAGAGUGUCAGCACUUCUGAGGAAUCUGGAGAACCUAGAAAGCUGGCAGACAAAAGCCGGACACAUUCCUUUAUCCUGGACUUGGAGCAGGGAUCUGAGUCACCACUCAAACAGCGACCUGCUGGAAAGUUUGACCGGCUUUCCCGCAAAGAGUUAAACCCUAAAGAGCGCAAAGAGAAAGAGUGUAGCCUGUCGGACGAGCGCACCAAGCUUAAGCAAAAGUUGGAGAAGAGAGUAGUAGGUGAAUCCCACACAGAUGAACCUGAGCAGAAUGAAGGGGCCCACAUUGAAGUAUCCUCUGAUGACAAAGGGGAGAGAAAGUCCAAGGUGAAAGGUGACAGGAAAGUGUCAGUGAAUGCCAGGGAAGGUAGGGCAUCUGUGUCAGAAGGAGGUGUCUCUGACGAGGGGGCUAGCAAGGAAGCCACAACCAAGAAGGGGAAGGCUCCAUCAGUUGAAGCUGCCAAAGUUGAGAAGGACAGAGAGAAGGAAAAGAACAGGGAAAAUGAGAAGGAAAGGGAGAAAACCAAAGCAGAGAAGAUUCCAUUAAAAACUGACCCUAGACAGUUACUCCGUCCGGAUUCCACCGGCUCUUCUGAGGAAAGGUCUGAUAUGGAGCCUGGAUCAGAAAGCAUCAAGAAAAAGGAUAAACACCCCAAGGAAGUCCUCAAGAGGUCAAAGAGCCACACAGAGGACAAACAUGUAGAAAAACCCAAGUCUAAGCCAGACAUUGAGAAGGAGAAACCCAGAACAGAACAUGUUACUCAGGAAAACCAGAAACCAAGUAAGUCCAGCUCUGAAACUGACAAAGACUCCAGAAAGUCCAGGGAGACAGAGCCUGGAAUGAAGGUAAAGGUCAUGGAAAAGUCCAGAUCCAAGUCAAGGGAGGAUAAGAAAGCUCAAGGUUUGGAGGUCAAAAACAAAGGUAGCACAUCAGGCAGUAGACCUGAUGCAUCAAAGGAAAGAAAAAGAGAGGGAAGCAUGAAGGAGCAAAGGAAGGACACUCAGGAAAACCCACCAGAGAAAAUGGAAGGCAGGAGUGGGAAGAAAAUGGUUGAUAAAAAGGCCCAAAACCCAGAGAAGAAAGAGUCCCAGGAUGAGAGAAAAGGACGUAAAGCAGAUGAAAAGUCGGAUAAGUCUUCAAUCUCCUCACCUGCUCCAGAUAUUACGGAACCUCUUCUGAAGAAAGGCCCUCAAUCCAAAGACGCAAGCACAGACUGGGAUCCCACCGAUUCCACCAUUACCACCUCUGCCUCUGUUACCUAUGAUGCUUUGAGUGACGUCACCCCUGAACUGGAGGAUGAUGACGGUGAAAUGCCACUCGGUGAGGUGGAACCACGUGCUUUGACAACUGGGGCAGAUGCUCUUCUGACUUUGAUGGACAUCUGUACCUCAGCAGAUGCAAGACUAGGCCAAGGAAGUGACAUCACCGGGGCCAUGCAGCGAGAGGCCUGCCCAGAGCUCUCCUUCCAAGAAGCAGACAUAAAGAUGAAAGAGGCAGCUCUGACCCUGCUCUCCAUGGACCCUGAGAGUAUACUAUCUCCUACCUUAGUCACUCCAGCUACACAGGGAGUCACAGAGGCAACCAUACCUGCUCUGCAGCGGACGGAAACUACUAAACCUGUUGCAAAAGAUCAGGAAGAUUCUGAGCAUGUUCUGGAAAUGGACGAAAGUGAUCUAACAGCUACUGCCUCUUCAGAGAAAAUGGAUGAACAGUCAAGGAGCCAAGUCGAUGUUCUGGCCACAGAUAUUCUCGCCACAGGGGUGAAAGAUACGGUGGUGUCAACAUGGACAUUAGUUGAAGGGAUGUCACAGGAAAAUAAAGCUACUGUUGACAGAGAUGAGGAAAAACCAGGCCAUGCUGAUGUUGUUCCUGAGCAGGAGCCCGUAUUGGGACCAUCAGUCGACAAACAAUAUGAGACUGAGAAGACAAAACUGCUGGCCAUGGAACAUGAGUGUCAGGUUAAGAUGGACAUUGAUAACAUUAAUAAAGACCAGACUGAAGCACAAGAGGAAAAUGGAGUCCCUGAGUCUGUUAAGUGUGACACACCUGAAAAACCAAGGGAGACUCGACGUGGUCGGCCAUCAAAGCUGGUCAAACAAGCCAGCAAUGCAUCCAAGUCAGACGGACAAGAGGACGAGAAAGAAUCCGACCUGUCUGAAAUGGAGGACAAAAUGGAGGGAAGAGUAACCCGCAAAGGAAGGCUAUCCGGUCAGAAAGCUACCACGGCCAAAGACUCCGGGAUGGAGAAAAAUGAGAAGGACAGCCGAGAGCAGCAGUCCAAGCUGUCUGUGGAAGUGAGUAAAGACAAUGCGGGUGAAAAGGCCACAGAAUCCAGAACGCCACGCAGAGGACGCUCGUCUAAAACCUUUGCGGAUGAGGAGGAACUUAAAGAGCCUGAGAAAGUGGAGGAGACCCCGCCUCGCAGAGGCAGAUGGUCAGGUGCCCAGGCCAAAGACUCCACCACAGGAAACCAGGAGAAAGAGGAGGAAGAGAAAACAGGAGAGACAUCGGAAAAGCCAAAGGAGAAACGGGAGAUUCUUCAAAAAGAUGAGGAGGCUGAGAAGAGUGAGCAGAAGAGAGGCAGUAGACGGGGAAGACCAGCUAAACCUCCAAUCUCCAAGCCAAAGACAAAUGAAGAUGCAGAAAGCUCUCAUUCCAAGGAGACCACUGAUACUCGCAAACCUGCAGUGAAGAGGAAGAGGUCUGAAGAAUCUGGGGAGGGGACCCAGCCUGAGGAGGAGGGGACCCAGCCUGAGGAGGAGGGGACCCAGCCUGAGGAGGAGGGGACCCAGCCUGAGGAGGAGGGGACCCAGCCUGAGGAGGAGGGGACCCAGCCUGAGGAGGAGGGGACCCAGCCUGAGGAGGAGGGGACCCAGCCUGAGGAGGAGGGGACCCAGCCUGAGGAGGAGGGGACCCAGCCUGAGGAGGAGGGGACCCAGCCUGAGGAGGAGGGGACCCAGCCUGAGGAGGAGGGGACCCAGCCUGAGGAGGAGGGGACCCAGCCUGAGGAGGAGGGGACCCAGCCUGAGGAGGAGGGGACCCAGCCUGAGGAGGAGGGGACCCAGCCUGAGGUGGAGGGGACCCAGCCUGAGGUGGAGGGGACCCAGCCUGAGGUGGAGGGGACCCAGCCUGAGGUGGAGGGGACCCAGCCUGAGGUGGAGGGGACCCAGCCUGAGGUGGAGGGGACCCAGCCUGAGGUGGAGGGGACCCAGCCUGAGGUGGAGGGGACCCAGCCUGAGGUGGAGGGGACCCAGCCUGAGGUGGAGGGGACCCAGCCUGAGGUGGAGGGGACCCAGCCUGAGGUGGAGGGGACCCAGCCUGAGGUGGAGGGGACCCAGGAAAGUGACCUGAAGGAACAAGAGGAGAAACAACAUGGAGAGGAUAGUGUGAGCCAGUCUGACGACCCGGAGAAGGGGACAGAAGAGGGCUCCAGUGAUAACAAAACAGAUGAGGGUGAGGAGGACAAAGACACGCCUCAGAAGAAACCUGCUCGUAGGGGAAGGCCCUCGAAGGGAGCAACAUUGACGUCAGAGGAACCGGAAAAGACAGUAUCUGAGAAGACCGACAAAAAGCCAGACAAGAAAGAGAGCGAACAAAAAGAGGAUGAAGAGGAGGAAGAGACGCCCAAAUCCAGAACUGCGACUCGAGCUGCUGUUCGCCUUGAAGCUGAGAGGAACAAACCAAGGAAACCUUCCACCCGAGCUCGAGGUGAAGAGGAGAACACACGUGGGACGAGAGGACAGGCCUCGGCGUCAGCUAAGGCAGGGGGGCGUAAACGUGAAGCCAGCCCCCCAGCAGUGCGCACUAGAGGUGGACAAAAAUCUGAGGAGCCCCCUUCCAAAAGGACCAAGCGAUGAACAAAUACCUGCUUUCCCCAAGCCCAGGUAUUAGAAUAUUCACGGCGCUGUUGACAUAUUAUUUGAGUUUUAAAUGCUUCUUUAUUUUUAGCAACACUUCACAUAAUACAUACCGGUAUUAAUUUUACCAGAUCUGAACCCCUCCCCUCUAUUCAAGCCUGUGGAUAUGUUGGAUAGGAACAUUUGGGGAUGGCAUGACAGUAUGGUCUAGCAGUGGUGGUUCUCCAAACAGUCACCUGACCUGGAUUUAGCUCGUGGUGCUUUCCAUUUCUAUACAGUAUUAUAGACCCUUCACCAUAGGCCCAUAUGUUUUAGAUUGCACUGGUCAUUUAAAGAUGUAAGCUAAAAAUAUCUCAUGAAACGGAGCAUGAGAGACCAAUCAAAGAUCUUAUGUGGAGAGCCUCAUUGAAUUUAAUCCUAGGACAAAAGACUGGAAAUUCUUUGUCACUGACAAAUCGACUUCUGUCUGUGUUGGUCACUCCAAGGAUUUGCCGUCGUGCAGGCAUAUGUCCUUUGGUUCCUGCAUCACGUGCAAGGGUUUUAUAUUUUGUCGACCUAUAGAUCCAUUUAGAUAUCAUUCAUAUAGAGUUGUAUAGAAGCUAUUAACCUGGGUAUAGUCUCACAAGUACUUUUACAAUUUGUGUUAUGUUUUUUCUCAUUGUUUCCGUACCCAGAAGCCUCUUCCUGUUACUGGACUUGAACAUGGAAGUAUCCAUUCUAUGAAUGUAAAGGAGGUGUUUGUCUUCUCCCUGUGUUUUUUUUCUUCUAUGUUAUUUUGUUUUUUACUACACAGAUUUGUCUGUGCUCCUAACUACUUUCCCCAUUAAGUGAUUUCUAUUUUUGGUUAUUUUUGUAACGUGUGCUCACAGAGCUUAUGCCCUGUUGUCAGUAUUGGAAGAGAUUAAAUUCCUUUCAAAUGGUGAACAA